UGGUUUUCGGUAAGACAUAACCGAAAAAAAUGGAGGGGAAGUGAGAGUGACUCAAGAACCGAAAAAAAGCAUCCAUGUGUUUGGCUCAGAUUUGUCAUUUGGGAGAUCCAACCCCAAAUCACACUCAAACUCCUUCACAUUACCCUCCUUCUCCAUUGACUGAUUGACAUGAACUCCUCAGCUCUUCCGAAUCCGUUUUCGAAAACUAGAUUCCGUUUUUGAAAACAUCCCUUUUUUGUUUUUGGAUUUAUUUAUUUAUUCGAGAGGGAGAGAGGAUCAGCAGCUGAAGAACGAGUACACCAGAUGGGGUGCACAUUCUCUGGUUUGGGCGCUCUGUACGACGCCGUGAACGGCGGAGGCGACGUGUGGAUUAACGAGAAUCGGUUCAAGAUCGUGAGGCAGCUCGGGGAAGGUGGGUUCGCUUAUGUGUUUUUGGUCAAGGAGGUGGUCGCCGACUCCUCCGUCGGUGGUGGUGGUCUCGCCAAGAAAUUCAAGGAUCCCUCUCAUGUCUCAGAUGAUGGAACUUAUGCUAUGAAAAAAGUUCUCAUUCAGAAUAGUGAGCAGUUGGAGUUGGUGAGAGAGAUCCGUGUUUCUUCGCUGUUCAGUCAUCCCAAUCUGCUUCCGCUUCUUGAUCAUGCCAUUAUUGCCGUUAAGACAACACAAGAACAAUCUUGGAACCAUGAAGCAUACUUGUUAUUUCCAGUUCAUCUGGAUGGAACUUUACUGGACAAUGCCAAGACUAUGAAAGCUAAAAAGGAGUUCUUUUCCACCUCAGAUGUUCUUCAAAUAUUCCGGCAGCUUUGUGCAGGACUUAAGCAUAUGCACACUUUGGAUCCGCCAUAUGCACAUAAUGAUAUCAAACCUGGUAACGUUCUGAUAACCCAUAGAAAAGGACAAUCACCUCUUGCAAUGUUGAUGGAUUUUGGCAGUGCUCGACCUGCGAGGAGGCAAAUUCACUCUCGUACAGAGGCACUACAGUUGCAGGAAUGGGCGUCUGAGCAUUGCUCAGCACCAUUUCGAGCUCCAGAGUUGUGGGAUUGCCCGAGCCAAGCCGACAUUGACGAGAGGACUGAUGUAUGGUCCUUAGGGUGCACUUUGUAUGCAAUACUGUACGGAAUGUCUCCAUUUGAAUAUGCACUCGGCGAAUCUGGAGGAAGCCUACAGUUGGCGAUAGUCAACGUGCAGAUAAAGUGGCCAGCUGGACCUAAUCCUCCAUAUCCGGACGCUCUUCACCAGUUCAUCACAUGGAUGCUUCAGCCGCAGGCUGCAGUCCGUCCUCGCAUUGACGAUAUCCUGAUACAUGUGGACAAGUUGAUCUCCAAGUUCUCCAGUUGAGAUAAUAUAGAAGGAAAGAAAGUCUGAAAACGAACUUUCUCUGCACGCGUCGACUUUGCACAUUUCUGCAAACGUUCUUGAAGCCGGACGGACGUUACGUCGUGUGUUUUCUUUUGUACUCAAGGGUCCAUAGGGCAACUGAGUUAUAGCAGCUCCUCCAUUAUUUCACUGUUUCUUACUUUUUUGCUGUAGGAUUGGCAGUUUGUGAAUUGGUUUAUCGUUAUCGUGCUCCUAUCGUCAACUGUUUGAUUUUCGACCUUGUAAGUUAUCAAACUGCUCGUCUCCCCUGGCUCGAAUUCUUUCGAUUAGUUAAAAAUACAGUAAUUUCGGUUCA